AUGCUAUAUAUCUUUGUUGGCACUUCUAAACCGUUACUUAUUAUAUUCAUCAUUCUUCAACUAUAAGCUUUUGACCAAACUUUUAUACAUUAAAUACACCACAAAACUUUGGUAACAAAAUACCAAUAUCACCUUUUCCAAAUGGCAAAUUCAUAUCCUUAUGUUGUUGAUCUUCCUAUUAUAGAUAUUUCUGAACCAUUUCAAUCUUCUUCUUUAACAACUCUCUCUAAAGCAUGCAGAGAUUGGGGAUUUUUUCAUAUAAUCAAUCAUGAAGUUUCCAAAGAUCUUUGUAGCCAGCUUCAUUCUUUGUCUAAGUUUAUCUUUAAUCUUCCUUCUGAUACUAAGCUUAAACUUGGUCCUUUCUCUUCUUUGAAAUCUUAUACACCUCACUUCAUUGCUUCUCCUUUCUUUGAGAGCCUUAGAGUUGAUGGACCUGACUUUUAUGUUUCUGCCAAGAGUUCUCAAGAUGUUUUGUUUGAAAAGCAGAAUUCUAAAUUCAGUGAGACACUAGAGGACUAUUGUAGCAAGAUGACAGACUUAUCAGAAAGAAUCUUGAAGCUAGUAUUAAUGACUUUAGGAGAAAGCUUUGAGAAGCUAUUUUAUGAUUCUGAAUUCAAAAACUGUCAAGGCUACUUAAGAAUAAACAACUACGCAUCACCAGAAAGAAUGGAUUCAGAAAACCAAGUAGAAGGACUAGGAAUGCACACAGACAUGAGCUGCAUAACAAUCCUAUACCAAGACGAAAUCGGCGGGCUACAAGUGAAAACACAAGAAGGAAAAUGGAUUGAUAUAAGUCCUUCUGAAGGGUCCUUGGUGGUGAACAUAGGUGACAUGAUGCAAGCUUGGAGUAAUGAUAAGUUAAGAUCUUCUGAACAUAGAGUGGUUUUGAAGAAGCCUGUGGAGAGAUUCUCUUUGGCUUUUUUUUGGUGUUUUGAGAAUGAGAAAGUGGUUUUGGCACCUCAGGAAGUUGUUGGAGAUGGGAAUGAGAGAGUGUAUGAGCCUUUUGUGUGUUCUGAGUAUUUGAAGUUUAGAGAGAAUAAUCAGAGAGGGAGAUUUGAAAAAGUUGGUUAUACUGUUAGAGAUUUUGCAGGGAUUAAGUACAAACUGUGAAUUUGAUUAUACUAUAUGAUAGUUUAUGCUUUCUUUCAUUUA